ACCAUGGAGACGCACUGGUAUGCUAUUGAAGCGGGAGAAAUAAGACGCUAUGUCUGUCACAAGUUUGCCAGCGCGCAACGCAGCAACAGGUAGUGCAAUUUUUCACGAGGACAUUACAUUUAUAAUCUAUUGUUCUCAUAAACGUUUGUUUGAGUCGUAAACACAUAAGAAAACACAGAUAAGUUGACAAAACUGCGUCCAAAACAAUCAUUUGGAAAGAAUAGAAUCCCGGUGGUUGGCAAAAAAAAAUAGCAACUUGAAAGAUGUCCUCGAUGUUGGAGUCGACAAGCCACAUAAAGCGACCGAUGAACGCCUAUAUGGUUUGGUCUCGUAAGGAGCGUCGACGAAUCGCCGAAGAGUGUCCGCGAAUGCUGAAUUCCGAGAUCAGUAAGAGACUAGGAACGGAAUGGAAUCUUCUCUCGCCCGAGAAGAAAAAACCGUACGUUGAGGAAGCAAAACGACUUCGUUUGGAACACAAGAAAGAACACCCAGAGUACAAGUAUCAACCAAAACGUAAACAGAAGGGAAGGAGUAAGAUGAACUCCAGAGUUGUAGAUCAUCCAUUUAUCGAAGGUUUAACGCCUUAUCAGCCAAUGAGCAUGCCGGGAAAAUUUGACAUUCCCUCCCCUCCCAUGUUGUUUUCUUUAACCCCUUUUACAAAAAACCAUUCGUCUCGCAGACUGUCCCCAAUGAUCCAAGGAUAUCCAUCAAUUUUUCCUCCAUGUCAUCCGGCUCAAAUUGUGGACUGCCACGAUGCUCAUUUCGAAUAUGAUAGCAAAAUGAUGGAGCAGAGCAGCAGACAAGGGACAAUACAACCGCUGCACACAAUGCCUGUUGCACCUGAGAAAAAUUACCAGAUGAGUCAACACCAGGAAGCUGUACAUGAAAAAGGUAAUCCUGGAAACCAUAGGUUUCCUCAACUCAAACAGAACGCUUGUCCGAGUGAUUUUGUUAAGCUUGGAAACGAGCACCCCUUACGUGAAAACUGUCACCGUUUACGUGAGAACGAAUGUGUCAUGCGUGAAAACGAGAGCAACAUUCGAGAGCAUAAAGACGACAGAGUUCAAAGAACAGAAAUGGCAUUGCACGCGCCAUCCAUAAAACAGGUCGAAAUCCGUGAAAAUACAGUAAACAGUCAUUCAAGUUUUUAUUUAACAAACCCGAAUCCGCGACACAAUGCAGUCAGCGGCAGUUACACAGAUAUGAAACACGAAAAUGGCAUGGAUUACUGUAAAAGUUUUGAAAAACAUGGUUUGUCAACAAGUCAGCCGGAAAACGACGACGGAGAGAAAAUCAAAUUAUUCUACAACAAUUCAAGAAACAAUGGCUCAAUCUACCAUGACUUUUCAACGUCUAUCAACGAAAAAAAGUGUGAGAAACUAACAAAUGAUGAUUUAGCAACAAAAUCCGCAGCGCAAGAGCAAACGUCAAGAGGUUUUGAGAGGAUUGGAGCAGAGAGCUCAUUUCUACAAAGCUCGAACACAGCUCUAAAGCAAAACAGUGGAUGGCCACAGGAAAACACAGUUUGCACACAAGCGCUCAACUAUGACGUGAAUGCAAAGGUUUAUAGAGAAGUAAACGAAUAUUUCCGCUUGGACUGUGAAAAUCAUCGUAUGGUGGGAGAUGAUGUUGCAGUUAAAAAUCAAAAGGGCCGUGACGUCAGCAAAGAUUAUCGCGUUUUAGGCCAAAACAACGUCAAGAAAAUACAGGAUAGAGACUUCAACGAAAACGGGGAUUAUCUGUAUGGAAAGGAUUUGCGAUUAAACGAUCAGGAUUACCGUGCAGCAAUUGAAGGUUAUCGUGUAAAUGAGCAACAUUGUCGAGCGUUGAACGAGAUUCAAGGAAUCAAUGACCAAUCAGGAGUCAUACAUUCGCACUUUAAUGGCCACAUUCAUCCAAUCAAUUGCCCAAAUGAUCGUGAUAUGAACGUUGAUUUUCGCACAAAGAAUUACCCAAUGAACGCGCAAGAUUUUCGAUUUUACUCUCAAGAAUCACGUGGAAAGAGUCGAGAAGAGAGGACCUCCGAUCCAAGACAGGAUUUUAACGGCAUGGGCACGAUGUUAGGAAUGUCAAAUGGGUUUUUUCAUUUCGCUAAUCAAGACUCGACACAAGUAUACCAUUGA